CACAAAUAUUAUAUACUCCCCACUCUUUAUAACUAUGUCUACUGAACAAGCUUCUCCUGAUAAAUAUCUUGCUGUACGUAAAGAUAUUAUUAAAGUCUUCCCUAAAGAAGAUUAUGACGAUGGAUCUUUUGCUCCUGUUGUUCUUCGUCUUGCUUGGCAUGCUUCUGGUACUUAUGAUAAGAACCAUAAAGAUGGUGGUUCUGAUGGAAGUACUAUGAGAUAUAAAACUGAAGCUGAAGACCCUGCUAAUGCUGGUUUGGAAGUAGCACGUGGUGUUCUUGAACCUGUCAAAGCUGCUCAUCCUUGGAUUUCAUAUGCUGAUUUGUGGACUCUUGCUGGAUGUGUUGCUGUUGAACAUAUGGGUGGACCUCAUAUUGAAUGGACUGGUGGUCGUCGUGAUAAAGCUUCAGAAGCUGAUUGUCCUCCUGUAGGACGUCUUCCUGAUGGUGCAUUGGGUAAAGAUCAUGUAUUGGAUGUUUUUGUAUCUCGUAUGGGAUUCACUGUACAAGAAACUGUUUGUUUGAUUGGUGCUCAUACUGUUGGUCGUUGUCAUAAAGAUCGUUCUGGUUUUGAUGGACCUUGGACUGAAACACCUACUCGAUUUUCCAAUCAAUUCUAUAAGCAACUUUUACACAACACAUGGAAGGAAAAGAAAUGGGAUGGUCCUAGACAAUUUGAAGAUGAAGAUGGAGAUUUGAUGAUGUUACCUACUGAUAUGGCUCUUUUGGAACCUCCUUUCCGUGAAUAUGUUGAAAUUUAUGCCAAGGACAAGCAACGUUUCUUUGAUGAUUUUGCUGCCGCCUUCCUUAAAUUGAUUGAAUUGGGUGUCACUAAACGUGGUCGUUUAUAAUUUUUUUUUUUGUAUUUUACUCUAUUUCCCCCCACUUUUGUUAGUUUAUUUAUACAAAUUUGAUAUCUGUUUUAGAAAAAAAAA